AUGUUGACUUUUGACUCGGUCACCACAUACUCCAACUUCAAGAGCAACUUUAUGAAGAGGCUGUCUGUCAAGACUCCUGUGGCCAGCAGCCCCAUCACCACCAGAUGGCAGCCAAGCCCAGCCAGGGACCAGGAAGCCUGUUCCUCUGCCGAGGGCUCGACCUCAGACAUCCCUGAAUCCUCAUCAGUGUUGAAGAUAACGCCCGCAGCAGACACCCUAACUCCACAUGAACCUAGAUCCCACACCAAAGAAUCACUGAAAAACCCCCUCAAAGGAAGCUCUGAAAUGAAUAAUUCCAAUCUCUAUUUCUGCAAGACACCUCGUGUAGGGGACAGAGGAAAAUGUUCCUCUCAGCCAAUGGGUCACGACUCUGAAUCCGUGCCUGUCUGGAUGCUGGCUUCUGAAGCUAUCCCUGUCCCCGUGUCUAAAUGGCUAAACCAGCUGUUUUCAACCCAGAAGGGAGUUCAGCAAACUGAAUGGAAAAUGCAUCUCUGUGAGAAAUCCUGAUGUGUCUGGGCAGGCUGUAGAGACGGAGUUGGAGAUGAAUUCUUCUGUCUUAGGAGGUUCAGUGGUGUCCACCAUUCCACAUGCCACCCGGGGGUGAAGCUUCAUCUCACGGGUUUUUGAAAUGACUACUACCUCGAUAUCCUGAACUGGAAUUCCCAAAAUCUUGUUGCUGUAGCCCUUGGAUCCUCUGUAUACAUCUGGAACAGACAAAACCACAGUGGGACUGAAAAAAUAGACUUAAGCCUCUUCUGUAAUUAUGCACCGUCUGUGUCCUGGAUCAGAGAGGGAUCGUUGGCUGUUGGCACCAGCGAGGGAGAAUUACGGGAUAUAAUCACUAGAAAGUGGCUGAGAAACAUGCUUGGCCACUUGUCAGUAGUCGGAGCCCUGAGCUGGAACCACUGCGCCCUCAGCAGGAGAGCUGCUGUGGCUGCAGACUUCUGUGUACAUCCCCCAGGUGACCUUGCUUUCUCCAGGGCUCACCUGCCUGUGUUCUUACCUGGAAAUUUACAGGCCAUGGAGUGGAGUCCCUGCCAAUCUGAAGUCCUUGCCAUUGGAGGAGGAAGGAAGGAUAGAUGCCUACGUGUUUUGGAUGUAAAUACUGGGAAGAGCAUUCAGACUCCAAGCACACACUCACAGGAAAGCUUCAUGUUCUCCCUCAUCUCGCUACCUAAGUCAUAGGAGACUGCAACAGACCAAGAUGCUCCCGAGAGUGCUGUGGCUCUGUGGGCUUGCCCCAUGCUGUUGGCGGCGUCCGUGGAUGUGAUCCAUUUCUUGGAAUCUACCCGAAAGGGGGUAUUUGAGACUGCAGAAGAUAAAACCAAUGGCCGUGGGGCAAGAGUGUGGGCUGAAGCUCCGUUUCCUUAA